AUGAGUCUCGGCACGGCCGUCAGCGUCGGUAUUCAGGCCCUGGAAGCGCUAGAGGAUCUCCACUCGAUCGGUUAUCUUCAUCGCGACGUGAAGCCGGGCAACUACACGAUCGGGCGUCGCGAGCGGGCCGAGCUGCGCAAAGUCUACGUACUGGAUUUCGGGUUGUGCCGCAAGUAUACGAAUGAACAGGCGGUGAUCCGGAAGCCGCGGCAGGCGGCCGGCUUCCGCGGCACCGUCCGCUACGCCCCGAUUUCUUGCCAUCUGGAGCGGGAGCUGUCGAGAAAGGACGAUCUGGAGACGUGGAUGUACAUGCUGGUCGAGCUGACGACGGGCACCCUUCCGUGGCGCAGCAUCACCGACCCGCAUCAGGUGGGCGAGUUCAAGAAGCGGUGCCGCUCUCAUCCCUAUGUCGCCGAGCUGUUCGCCGGAUGCCCGGCGGUGUACGAGUCGGUCCUGCGCCUCAUCGACAAUUAUCGCUACUACGACGCCCCGAACUACCAGCAGAUUUACGGGAUGUUGCGCCAAGUUUUCCAACUGCCCAAUGUGACCGAGUUCCCGUACGACUGGGAGCAG